GAAUUUUCGAGAUUUGCGGCCAUAGCCCUUCUUACCCUCAUUUUGGUAUUCCAUCUCCUCCCACCACCACCACCACACGACAAGAUAUCGCAAACAUGGCGGACAACGACGCUCCCGUGACGCUUCGCACUCGCAAGUUCAUCCGCAACCCCUUGUUGGGUCGCAAGCAGAUGGUCGUUGACGUUCUGCACCCCGGCCGUGCCAACAUCUCCAAGGAUGAGCUCCGCGAGAAGCUCGCCGGCAUGUACAAGGCCCAGAAGGACCAGGUUUCUACCUUCGGUCUCCGCACCCAGUUCGGUGGUGGCAAGACCACCGGCUUCGCCCUUGUCUACGACUCCCCCGAGGCUAUGAAGAAGUUCGAGCCCCGUUACCGCCUUGUCCGCGUCGGCAUGGCCACCAAGCGCGAGCGUGCCAGCAGACAGCAGCGCAAGCAGCGCAAGAACAAGCUCCUGACCCUCCGCGGUACGGCGAAGGUCAAGGGUGCCAAGCCCAAGCGCGAGAAAUAAAUGAUUCGUUUUGUAGAAAAGAAUGGAGGGACAGGAUCUGCCACUUACGAAAUGAAAUGGCAAUGGACGGCGCGUGGACAAAAAUCAUGGUACUGGGCAUUCUAUGGACGGUUUGCGAGUGCUAUACUGGCAAUUUUUCUUGUUAUUGUUCCGGCAUGCAUGAGGGAAACCAGGACGGCCGGCAUAUACAGCGUCCUCGGAGGACAGCUGCUUGGUCGACUGUCAAACUAUUAUUUGGUUCCAAGAACUGGACCAAAUGUGCAACCCCUCUAUACACUAGCAUGAAUUCAAUGGUGUUUUUGGGGCUUUCCAAUAAAACAAAAGACUUACACUUGAU